GACAGAUGAAUCUGGCUGGGAAAGUACAUAAAGCUGUGCGUGCGUGGUUUGUUUUGUUAUUGUUCUGUAUUAAAAGGUAAAAUAAUGAAUACGAGAAAGCACUGGGGUGAAUUGGAAGACGAGAGGACCGACGAGACUUUAUUACAGAACGUAAAUUUUAACCCCAUCAUCGAGUUGGGUAUGCAAAACAUUCCGGAAAUAUCUAUCACAGUUAAAUCAUCGCCUAUUGAACUCCCGAAGCCGAAUUUAAUCACACACACUAUACAGCUUCAUGCUCACGCAAGACAACUAUCAGGUAUACUAGAUCAGGCUGAAAAUGCCAUGUUUGAAGGUGGUCGAUUGGGUCCUGUAAGUUUACCCGCGCAGCCGCCAGAACCAUGUUUGAAACUUGAACACGAGACGAACCCACCAAUCAACUUCCUCGAAAAAGAGUACUGUGAUUUCUCAGUAGGCAAAGGUCCUAUGAUUCUACCGUUUACACCAGAAAGUCACAAAAGAGCACUGCGUCAAUGUGCAGCCAUAGCUCUGGGACAUGUUGGAAUCUCAACAACCACAAACGUUGCUCUCACCGCGCUGGCCGACGCGUUAGACAUACAUUUAACCCACAUGUGUAAAUUACUCAGGACAGUAGUCGAUAAGGAAGCCAGUGGUCUAAAAUCAGGAUUCCCAGAUGCAAUUUCGAAAGUAUUUACCGAUCUCAAUGUUGGCAAUCUGCAUGACUUUUAUGAAAACAGAGUUGUAAGGUACCAUGCAAUGACUAAAAAGAAGUGCGAUGACCUGAGGAGGCAGUGUGAAGCACUGGCUAAUAUGGACAUAGCGCCACAGUUGAAAUUGGAGGAAGUACCAGAGUUGCACUUUCCCGCUGCACUAGAUGGAGCAUUCACACCUUCACUAGAACCUGGGUUCCAAAUGCUACACAGUUUGGAGCAAGAACAGCUGCAAGGCUUAGAGCUCCUGGAUGCCGUGACUCCAGAUGAUAUUAAAAUAGAACCCAUGGAGUUCUCACAACCAGAGACGACAGCCAAGCUGCCCUCAUUAUCACCUAGUGCUAAGAAGAAACGAAAAUAGAUAUUUUUCCACUGUAGAUUUUAUUCUUGUAUGGUUCCAGAGGCAGUAAUAUUUUAGUAAAAUACCAAUACUCAGAA